UUCCUCUUGAGGUUGGAUCCUUUGCUUCUUUUCUUCAAUAGCUGCACGUUCGGUUUUCUCGGCAAGUAUCUCUGUAUCUUUCCAUCUGGUUAUUCAGAUGAUAAUUGUACCCACCAAUGUCCCAUGGCCGCGUCUUUGGUGAUUGAAGCAUCCGUGUCUGCCUCCUUUGCUGAUAAUCUUAAAGGGUUUAUUCUGGCCCUGGUCUCUAGUGCUUUCAUCGGGUCCAGCUUCAUCAUCAAGAAGUUGGGUCUGCAACGUGCUGGCGCCUCGGGCCCUCGAGCCAGUUCUGGUGGAUACGGGUAUCUGAAGGAGCCGUUUUGGUGGGUUGGCAUGGUGACAAUGAUCGUCGGUGAACUCGCCAAUUUUGUCGCUUACAUGUUUGCUCCUGCGGUACUUGUGACGCCACUUGGAGCUUUGAGUAUAAUUGUUAGUGCUGUUCUAGCACACUUCUUCUUGAAGGAAAAAUUGCGGAAAAUGGGAAUAGUGGGUUGUGUCUUAUGCAUAGUGGGUUCUACAUUGAUUGUGCUUCAUGCACCCAGUGAACUUAGUCUGAGUUCAGUGGAGGAAAUUUGGGAAUUAGCAACUCAACCAGCUUUUCUUUUAUACACAGCCUCAGCAAUAGCGGUAGUUUUGGUGCUGAUAUUGUAUUGUGAACCACGUUUUGGGCAGACAAACAUACUGGUCUAUAUUGGCGUAUGUUCCAUAAUUGGAUCAUUGACGGUUAUGAGUAUCAAAGCUGUAGGCAUUGCUAUAAAACUCACAUUGGAGGGUUCAAGCCAGGCAGGAAGCUUCCAAACAUGGGUUUUUGUAAUGGUUGCAAUUACGUGUAUUAUCACUCAGCUGAAUUAUUUGAACAAGGCUUUGGACACAUUCAACACAACGGUUGUUUCUCCAAUCUAUUAUGCUUUGUUCACAUCACUCACAAUUUUUGCCAGUGCCAUAAUGUUCAAGGACUGGUCUGGUCAGAGUGCUAGCAGUAUUGUCUCAGUGCUUUGUGGAUUCAUAACUGUGCUUUCUGGAACUUUGGUAUUGCAUAGUACAAGAGACCGGGAUCCAACUUCUGUUGCAGAUAUCUAUGCAUCACUGUCUCCUCAAGGUUCAUGGUUUGUCCAUGAAAAUGGUGAAAUUUGGAAGCAAAAUGCUGAUGAUGGACUGUGCCCUGAUUUUGAUGCAAUCAUUAAGCAAGACCAUUUCAACUAAGAUGGGAAAAUAUCCAGGCAUAUCCAUACUGCAUCUCUUACAGCCCACUGAAGGCUGUAUAGGGCAUUGGUGCAAAAAAUCUGCUUAUAUUUUUGCAUACCCUGGCAUUGCUGGAUUCCAUAUUCUUUUUAGUGCUUCACUUGGCGGCUUGACAUUCAACAGUGAAUUGUGGAGGAAAAUAUAUCUUGUUCUUAUUUUAGUUACUAGCAAGUUUUCUUUCCUACUUCCAUACUUGUAGGGUUUUAUAAUCAGUUGCAGCACUCUAUGACUAAUUCAUUUUGUAGUUAGUAACUGGUUGUAAUAUGUGUUUUGUAUUGUCAACAUAAGUCCUGUUUUCGUUGUACAAAGCAACAGCAAAGAAAUUAAUUCAACUCAGUUCCUUUCGAUGAAA